AUGGAAGGUGAAGGUGUGAAAGUAGAGAGAGAAACUAUGGGAACAAGGAAGCGAAACGGUGUCGUUGUGGAAGGUGAGAGAAGAUACAAAGGAAUUCGUAUGAGAAAGUGGGGAAAAUGGGUGGCUGAAAUUCGAGAACCGAAUAAACGUUCUCGAAUUUGGUUAGGUUCCUAUUCUACCCCUGUCGCCGCCGCUAGAGCUUACGACACCGCUGUUUUCUAUCUCCGGGGACCGUCUGCGCGUCUUAAUUUCCCGGAGCUAGUUGUUGGUGAAAACGCCGCCGUCGUUGCUGGUGCUGGUGCUGGUGAUAUGUCGGCGGCUUCGAUUAGGAAGAAAGCUACUGAGGUUGGUGCUAGGGUUGAUGCUCUUCAAGCUACGCUUCAUCAACAUCAUCAUAAUCACAAUCAUCACAAUCAUCAUAACCAUAACCAUAACCACCGUGUGAUGCCGAUGCCGGUGGUGGUUGGUGGUGCUGGUGGCGAUUUAGUGGAGCGUGUUGAUUUGAAUAAGAUUCCUGAACCGGAGAAUUCGGAUUGUGAGUGGGAAGUUAGUUGA